UCUGAAGAAUGGCUUCAUGCGCAAGCCCAACAAGAAGGUUGGUCAAGGGCGACCAAGCUGGAAUCUCGAGUGGCGUCCCAGGGUUUGGUUGGGAUUCUGAUGCGUAGGAACGUGGCGGCCAUGGUGGAGGUGAACUGCGAGACAGAUUUUGUUGCCCGAAACGAACUCUUCAAGCAGCUCGUCAAGGAUGUUGCGUCUUCGUGUCUGGAUAACUUCGCUUCUCGUGUCGGCUCCGCUGGACAAGCAAACAAGGCAAAGGAACGUGAUACUAGCGUCGGAUGCCGAUUUAUUUAUAAGAAGUGCGCUAGAAUUUUUAUGACCCGAAUGAAGUUACCGUGGUUGUAUCGGUGUCUCUCCACUGUUGCACCAAACGUCGCAAGUGUGGAAAAAUCUUCUCUUUCAAUACUUCGCAAGAAAACUGGCUAUUCCUUCCUCAACUGCAAGAAGGCACUCGCCUUGCAUGACAACGACAUCGCUAAGUCUGAAGAAUGGCUUCAUGCGCAAGCCCAACAAGAAGGUUGGUCAAGGGCGACCAAGCUGGAAUCUCGAGUGGCGUCCCAGGGUUUGGUUGGGAUUCUGAUGCGUAGGAACGUGGCGGCCAUGGUGGAGGUGAACUGCGAGACAGAUUUUGUUGCCCGAAACGAACUCUUCAAGCAGCUCGUCAAGGAUGUUGCGUCUUCGUGUCUGGAUAACUUCGCUUCUCGUAUCCUGAUCUCUGGGGAAGAACUGAAGGAGCUGAAAUUGCAUGGAGGUCGAUUGCUGGCGGACGACCUCGCCCUGGGUGUUGGCAAACUCGGUGAAAAUUUGGUGGCCCGACGAGGCUGCGCUUUCGGCGUGGCCCAUGAAACUGGGUCCAUUUCAGCCUACGCUCACCCGUCAAAUACUGCCGGUGUGCCCUCGGGCGAUCAUGCUGUGUUCUUUGUGGGUCGUGUCGGCGGACUAGUGGCAUUUGACGGAUUUUGCAGAAAUCCUGACGUGGGGCUUCAGUUGUGUCGGCACAUCGUCGGCAUGAAACCUUCGUCAAUUGGACAAAUCGACGAGUUUUUGGCGAAACAAGCGGCGGGUUCGGAUCAAGAUAAUAUUCCUGCUGCUGCUGCUGUGGAAGAUGAAGAGACCCAGAAAAAGGACGAGUCUCGGCUCAUUUUCCAGGAAUUCCUGGAAGACGAAAACGUUCUAGUGGGGGAUGUUUUGUUGGAGAACGGCAUUCUUGUGUCUGAUUUUGUGCGUUUCGAGUGUGGGGAAUCGUGA